GAGCCUCGGGCCGAGCCUCUGCCUUCGCCGCGGACCUUCAGCUGCCGCGGUUGCUCGGAGCGGCUGGCCGCAGAGCCACCAAGAUGUCAGGAGAGAUGGACAAGCCACUGAUCAGCCUCCACCUGGUGGACAGCGAUAGCAGCCUUGCCAAGGUCCCCGAUGAGGCCCCCAAAGUGGGCAUCCUGGGUAGCGGGGACUUUGCCCGCUCCCUGGCCACACGCCUGGUGGGCUCUGGCUUCAAAGUGGUGGUGGGGAGCCGCAACCCCAAACGCACAGCCGGGCUGUUCCCCUCAGCGGCCCAAGUGACUUUCCAGGAGGAGGCAGUGAGCUCCCCAGAGGUCAUCUUUGUGGCUGUGUUCCGGGAGCACUACGCUUCACUGUGCAGUCUCAGUGAGCAGCUGGCUGGCAAGAUCCUGGUGGAUGUGAGCAACCCUACAGAGCAAGAGCACCUUCAGCAUCGUGAGUCCAAUGCUGAGUACCUGGCCUCCCUCUUCCCCACCUGCACAGUGGUCAAGGCCUUCAAUGUCAUCUCCGCCUGGACCCUGCAGGCUGGCCCGAGGGAUGGUAACAGGCAGGUGCCCAUCUGCAGUGACCAGCCGGAAGCCAAGCGUGCUGUCUCGGAGAUGGCGCUCGCCAUGGGCUUCAUGCCCGUGGACAUGGGAUCCCUGGCAUCAGCCCGGGAAGUGGAGGCCAUGCCCCUGCGCCUCCUCCCGGCCUGGAAGGUGCCCACCCUGCUGGCCCUGGGGCUCUUCGUCUGCUUCUAUGCCUACAACUUCGUCCGGGACGUGCUGCAGCCCUACAUGCAGGAGAGCCAGAACAAGUUCUUCAAGCUGCCCGUGUCCGUGGUCAACACCACACUGCCGUGCGUGGCCUAUGUGCUGCUGUCGCUGGUGUACUUGCCUGGCGUGCUGGCGGCUGCCCUGCAGCUGCGGCGCGGCACCAAGUACCAGCGCUUCCCCGACUGGCUGGACCACUGGCUGCAGCACCGCAAGCAGAUCGGGCUACUCAGCUUCUUCUGCGCCGCCCUGCACGCCCUCUACAGCUUCUGCUUGCCGCUGCGCCGCGCCCACCGCUACGACCUGGUCAACCUGGCAGUCAAGCAGGUCUUGGCCAACAAGAGCCACCUCUGGGUGGAGGAGGAGGUCUGGCGGAUGGAGAUCUACCUCUCCCUGGGAGUGCUGGCCCUCGGCACGCUGUCCCUGCUGGCCGUGACCUCACUGCCAUCCAUUGCAAACUCGCUCAACUGGAGGGAGUUCAGUUUCGUUCAGUCCUCGCUGGGCUUUGUGGCCCUGGUGCUGAGCACACUGCACACGCUCACCUAUGGCUGGACCCGCGCCUUCGAGGAGAGCCGCUACAAGUUCUACCUGCCUCCCACCUUCACGCUCACGCUGCUGGUGCCGUGCGUCGUCAUCCUGGCCAAAGCCCUGUUUCUCCUGCCCUGCAUCAGCCGCAGACUCACCAGGAUCCGGAGGGGCUGGGAGAGGGACGGCGCCAUCAAGUUCACGCUGCCCACGGACCAUGCCCUGGCCGAGAAGACGAGCCACGUAUGAGGUGCCUGCCCUGGGCUCUGGACACCAGGCACACGAGGGACGGUGCCCUGGGCCUGGUAGGUUUUCUUUCCUUGGUGGUGCAGAGCGGUAUAACUGUGUGCAAAUAGGAGGUUUGAGGUCCAAAUUCCUGGGACUCAAAUGUAUGCAAUACUAUUCAGAAUGAUACACACACAUAUGUGUGAUAUGUAGUUACAUAUAUUCCACAUAUAUAACAGGAUUUGCAAUUAUACAUAGCUAGCUAAAAAGUUGGGUCUCUGAGAUUUCAACUUGUAGAUUUAAAAGCAAGUGCCGUAUGUUAAGAGAAGAGCAGAUCAUGCUAUUGUGACAUUUGCAGAGAUAUACACACUUUUCGUAUAGAA